AUGGAGAGCGAUGGGUACACAACGGCUGAACAAACCUCGCUCGACGCGACUCCCUCGAACUCGUUGCCCGGCAGCGACUAUCUCACCAACCUCCCUACCGAGCUCUUCUCUACCAUCUGCGAGCUCGUCCGCAAGAGCACGGAGGGACCGUAUCUCGGCCUCGUCUCGCAACGUUUCCUGCCUUUCGCUCGCCGACGCGCAUUCAGCGCAGUGCGCAUACGGUCCGUCCAGCGCCUUCAUCGACUCCACAGCGCCGUUGUAUGCUGUCCCGAACUCGCCGGCGUCGUCUUGGCGGUCGAGAUUAGCGGGUACGGCCAUGGCGGGUUUGAGGCGGGCAUCGAGCUUUUUCGCCACCUCCUCGCCGCUCUCGUCAACUUGCGCCAACUCCAGAUUUGCUACAUGGCCAAGAGCCUUUGGCCUGUGGUGCUGGAAGGCGGAGAAGCCGGCGGCUUGCCAGCUCUUGAACGCAUCAUACUGCACGACUGCCUCUCUGGCGCACAGAUGGCUCGCCUUCCGGAGACAAUCCAUCAGCUUCGCCACUAUCCUCAGCUGCGAUUCCUGCGCCUGCAGGUCAUCGACCUUUACUGGCAGCGGCCUGACUUCACGAUGGUCAAGCCUCUGCAAACGCAGCCGCUCAGAAUGGAUCGGAUCGCCUACUUGGACAUCGACAGCCCAGAACCUUACCAACCAAUGUACCUGCGACUUCUGCAAGCCUGCACCUCGUUGGCAGAGUUGUCUCUCCACGUGCACCGAUACGGCGGAAGUGUCGCGGCGGCAAUCCAAGCUCUACCGAAUCAGCUCGCCCUGCAGCACCUCACGCUGCACUCGACUCAGAGUGCCCGUCCUACACUUCCCGCGGAUCACCAGCUGCACAACCUGUUCACCUUGACGCUCGGAGAUCGCCUGCCGCUCAAGUCGAUCCUCCCCAACCUCUCCUCCCUCCGCCGUCUCGAACGCCUCGUCUGCCGCACAGAGACGGUCGCAACGGACGACUUCCUCAUGCUCCUCGCCGAUUACACCAUGCGACCGCCCGGUCUCGAAGAGAUCGUCUGCGACUUCUCCCUUCGAUCCGAUUCGUCCCCUCCUCCUGGCAUCAACUUCUAG